UAUGGCGACAUACAUGUUUUAAAUGAAAACCUUGUGACAAACUCCAGUGAGUUAGCUACAACCUGACCUCAAAUAGAGAAACAUCUCAGUGGAAACGGAAAUAACUAUGGAAAGUACACCAGAACUACGAGCAAAUACUACAACUCCAAUACCGCUUCAGCAUCUGUGUUCAGUAGACCUGGAGAAAAGCGUUGAGGACUCCCAGCAUGCUCUUAGCAUAUUCGUGCAAGCCGUGCAACGGGUCCUUCUGGGCUCCAAAGCAGAAAACAAGAAGCUGGCUACAGAAAAUGCUGCUCUGAGGAAAUGGACAGCCAUCAAGCAGCUCCACUGGGAGAAAGAAAAAAAGAAGCUGCUGUAUGAAAAGGACUUUUUAGUGUCAACUCUGUAUAUGGCCAAAUGUGACAUGGUUAAGGCUUUAGUGUUCGCAAGAGCUAGUCAAAAAAAGCUUGACACUCAAGAAGAGGGCAAGAAGGAUAAAGUAUGCUGCUUGACAGAAAGUCUGUACUUCCACAUGAUGGAGACCGAGAAGGUAAAAAAAUCCUCGAAGGCAGAGCGGGACCAGCUCAGUGCAAUGAAACUUUCCUUUGAUAAAAUGUUGAUACAGUUAAAUAAAGAGUGGUAAAGCCGGGCGAUUGCUAGACAGAAGGAGGUAGCUGCCGAGCUGGAAACUCUGCAGCAGGACUGCGAGAAGAAGGUGAGCCAGGUCAUCCAGGAAAAGGAUGAUGUGAUCGCCAGUGUCAGAAAGGAAAUGAUGGCACUGAUAGAGGGAAAUCUGGAGAGCUUGGCCAAGGUGAGAGCAUUGGAGACACAGAUCUGCCAGAGACAGACAGAGGAGAAGGAAGAGAGCUUUAAGAAAAUACAGGAGCUGCAGAAACAGAGCAGAGAGGUGGAAGAGAAGUGGCUCAUCAAAGAACAGGAGUGGCUCAACAAGGAGUACGCCUUAAAAACGACCAAAGAGAAGGCCAAGAUGGCAAAGGAUGAAAAGAAGGCAAAGAAGGAGACAGAAAAGAGGCUGAAGAAGGAGAAAAAAGAGAAUGGAGAGGAAGAGUUUCAUGAAGAGGAGGUAGAGCAGGAGAAAUAG